AAACGUGAAAUAAAUGUACAGAGAGAGAGAGUGCACCCGCAGAGCUCUCUCCUUCUGCCUUCCCCCGCGGUGCACUGGGCGGGAGCAGCUCCAUUCGCCGGCACAGGAAGCCGGCUCCACUUUGAAAUGGGCCCCGGGUGGCUCGCACGCUCCCUCGGAGAGUCCAGCGCCGAGGUGCCGCUGGCUGGAAAAUGAGCCGAGACCGACAGAAUCCGGAGCUGCAAGCCGCCAUGCUCCCACUCCGGGGCAGCAGUCUGCAGUCCCUCCUGCUGGCCGCUUGGAUCUUCCUGUGCACAGAGAUUAUCCGGGCUAAAAAACUGCGGGCAAUGGACAUCACAGCAAGCAGCUUUCGCUUGUUGUGGCCUAAGCUGCUGAGCAGUGACUCCGAUUAUUAUUUGAUUGAGUACUCUCCACUCACUGAGCCUCAAAGGAAAUCCUGGAAAACUGUCACUGGAGAUGAAACAAGUGUUGUUCUGAGACAGCUACUUCCAGAGACCACAUAUGAAGUGAAACUUACUCCCAUAAACAACAACAACUAUAACAAACCACUCAUGACAAAGGUAACUACACUAGAAGAUGAGAGCAGUCCACAGAGAAUUGUAAUCUCUGAGUCACGACCGAGGAGUUUUCGGGUCAGUUGGGCUCCAACUCCACCUGGUGUUGCUGCCUAUGAGGUUCUGUAUGGGAUCCUGCCAGGGGGUGAACCCAGGUUACUCAACAUCGACAGUAGCCAGAAUACCACCAUUGUCAACAACUUGGAGCCCAACACCACCUACUUGGUGACUGUCUCAGCCGUGUACCAUUCUGGCAGGAAGAAGGCAUUGUCAGCCAAAGCCUGCACUCAGGACGUGAGUUUCCAAGUCAACCACCUGAAGCUAACUGACAUUAGCCCCACCAGUGUCAUAGCCUCAUGGGACCCUGCCAAAGGAAGAGUGCUCAACUACAGAGUGCGCUGCACUCGUCAUCGAAGAAGCCCCUCUGUGAGAAACAUCCCGGCACAGGUCCAAAGUGUGCUCUUAACAGAUCUUAUUCCUGGCGCUGACAACCGGAUUUGUGUGAAAGCAGUGUACAAAAAUGGUACAGGGCAAGGCUUGUGCAGGACGGUACACACACCUCAGCAACAAGAUUCCUUAUCUCUCGGGACAGAAUCUGCCAAAUCAUUCUGCACUCAAGAGGAUCCUUGCUGGUAAAAUGAUGAAUAAAUCUUCAAGACAAUAAAAGCCAUAAAACAACAGGACUCACCACAACCAGAAAUUAGCUGGGAUUAAUAAUAAACUUUCUGCAAUUUACUUGUAGUGUUGAAUAACACUCAAUCAGGGGAUGGUCACUCUGCAUCAGUAUUGCACAAGCAACUGAACUGUGUAGACUCCCAGUAAUUCAUUGUGCUGAGAAUCCAACUUCUCAAAAUACUCAACCCUCCCCAUUUUAAGUCUGACGAUCCUUCACAUUCUUGGUGUUGGAGUUUGAUGAGAAUUUGGUUGAUAAUAACAGUGUUGGAUCAUUUUCUGCUUCCCAUUCUUUUUGGAUACAGCUGAGAUCCAUGCAGAUGUGACACUCCUAAGAUGCUAUUACUCUUUGAUACAUCAAAUUGCAAAAAUCUGGUUCGCAAGCAAUCCUGUAACGCACCUUUGGCACAAGUGUGGUUGAGCUUUUUCUAUGAUGUUUUCAGUACUAAUGCCAAAGGUGUAAUAUAGUUCUGUUAUUGCAGGAUUUAUUCUGAGAAACAUCUCAAGAGGCAGUGUCACAGCCAUACCAGUUCAAAGCACUUUCUUAUUUUUAAUAAACAUGUUUGAAAAGAAGUUGGCCUCCUCAACCACAAAAAAUAUUUGCUGUUUGAAAAUGAAUGACUUUGUUUGCUAGGUCAAUGGGCAAAAUAAGGUAUCCAGGGUAGAUUCUGAUCCUUCCAGAAUGUCACAGGUUUGAAUCCUAUUUUGCAGUGAGUUAGGUCUUCUCAAGCAAACUGCAGAGCAACUAAAAUGUUAACCAGGAUUCCUCCUUCUGAUUACUAUCUCAGUGCUUAUGUGAAUGUAUGGUUAAGAAUCAAUAACUAAAUCUGAGAAACAGACAAAAUGUAAGAUCUUAGAUUGUGCCAGAAAUGGGGCUGGAUUUUACUUUGACACUUUUUUAAGCAAGUCCAAAUUACAUGAUUUUGUUUAUCAGAUCUGAAAUGCUAACAUGAUAGUUCAGUAACUACCUAAUCUCUGUACAACUCUGUAAAUUUAGCAGUCUAUAUGUUUGGUUUCUAUACACAGUCAUUAAAUGUGUAGUAGCCAUUCCUGUAUCAAGUAAAAUGUGAAUUCAUUUGUAGUGCAGAUAAAAUGAUUCCACAAGCA